AUGCCCGGAACGGCCGUGGUCUCAGUGGUGUCCGGCCGGCGCGAUCACCGAGCUGUGACGCUCAACCGCUCUGCUGCCGGUGGUCAGCUCAAUGCUAAGCAGCUCAGCAGCCACAUCUCAAAUGCUGGCUGCGCUGACGCAUUGCUCACGCUCUUUGCUGCCCACAGCGCGAGCUUGGACCACAUCCACGCUGCGAACCUGUGGAACAAACUGGGCAAGCAGCGCGUCGAGCGGCGGCACGAGGGGCAGCUUGAGCAGCUGGUGCAGCGCACGCUGGACCUCAUUCCUUCGUGCCGUGCACGCGAGCUGGCCAACGUGUCUCACAGCGUUGCAAAGCUCACUGCUCAACGGAGGCGCCGGCGAACACCGCCCGGCGCCUUGGCAGAGGGUCCCUGA